AUGAAUAGUAGUAGUGUUUUUACAAAUUCAUGCCUUAAAGUUCCCGUAGAUCCUAUAAAUAAGAUGCCUAAAGCUGCAUACGAAAGAACGAAUAAAACAUUAUCAGAAAGAAGCUCCCUUGAUUCAUCUACGACUUGCUCUAUAUCAACAGUGGAUGUAGAUAAGGAAAAAGUAAAACUUUUUUAUCGAAGCAUACCUGACUAUACCGAAAUUAAUCAUUUAUCAUCCACAGAAUUUUAUUCGACUUUAAAAUCUUUAAGAGAAAAAAAGAAAUCUGUGUUGGGACUUACUGUGGAACUCGUAGAUAAUGAUCAGCAAUAUGAUGACAAAACAAAAUCUUACGACGAAGUAUAUGACCUUUCCACUAAGAAAGAAAAUAUAGUAAAGAUUGAUAACGAGAAAAGUUCAAAUACAGUCAAACUUACCAGGAAAAAGAGGGCACUUGGAUCAAACAAAGUAGAUCAUGAAAGUGUAGCAUAUUCGACACAAAAACAGGAUAAGAUAAAUGAUGAUCAACUUGCUGGUACAGACACUCGAAACAUAAACAAGGUUGAGAGAUCAAAUAGGAAUCAUUCGGCUUGUUCAAUUUCAUGGCAUGAUGAUAAAAAUUCUCGUAAUAAGAAUGAAAUAGACAAGAAAUUUGAUAAAUUUUUUCAAGUUACGAAAUUAGAUCCUUUUGACAGUAGACAACAAUGCACAACGCAAAGUAUGCCAUCGAGUCCUUUGAGAACUAAAAGUUUCAGUACAAUUUCACGCAAAAAAAAGAAUGUCACUAUUCCAAAACCUUUUAAAAUGACGGAAAGGGAUGACCAAGAAAAGAUUGCCAAUGAACUUCGUACGCUACAAAAAUCAUUUUCUGAGGAUAUCCUAAAUCAAAAACGGGAGAGGAAACAAUUUCGUGCCAGACCAGUACCAAUCGAAUCACGGAUUCCCCUUUACGAUAAAAUUCUCGAAGAUCAAGCCAUGAGGUUUCCACAAUUAAAACUUAAUUUUCACAGUUAA